AUGUCUAAAAAGGCGAAUAUCCAACCUCAAGAACCAGAAGAUGAGCAGUACGAAAAUCGAGAAAAGUUGAAACGGCCAUCAGGUGUUGAACCUCGGUUGAUGGACAUGAGCAGUCCGAUCAAACGAAGCCAUACAAAAUUUGAAAAAUCCGACAGUGGAGCGCUGAGGGAAGCAACUGCCUUGGUACAGAGAAACAAAAAACUUAUUCCUCCACCACUUCCCAGAAGGAAUACACCGAAUCCAACAUCACAGUUCCAGGCGACCAAUAAACAAUUGAAUAUUGAAGCAGUCGCAAGCAGCAGUAAUUCUUUGACACAAAACGAAUCAACACCGAUCCCGUUUACGACGAAACCAGUAACUGAAGAACCAGAGAUAAUUGUCAAUCCAAAUAAUCCUUGUGGACUGGAAUUAAAUUGGAGGAUCCAAAAAGUUGUUCAAAUCGUCCAAACGAACAAUCGCCAAUUUUGUCUCGUUCGCUACGAAGAUUCGAAUUCGUUGCAAUUUGUCUCAUUAGAUUUUGUCAAGGAGCGUGAUCCGGUGUCGAUUGCCGAGAUUGAACUCGAAAAACAAUACGGAGACUAUAAAGCUGAAUUCGAGCGAUGGAAACAGAGAAACGCUGGCUCAGUCGGAACAGAAGCGUACAACGCGUAUGUUAAACAAUUUGAAAAAUGGGAAGAAGAUGUCGAACGAAGGCGGAAAGAUUUACAGGAAAAAGCCUUGCAAGAAGCACAAGAUGCUCAAAGAGCAGCUGAAAAAGAGGCGUCCAAUGAGGCUACAGAGGCGGAAGCUGCUGCGGCUUAUGCUCAAUCACAACAAUCAUAUCUCGCUCAUCAUCAAAAAGCUUUGGAACAAGCUGAAAUGCAGCAGAGAAAUUUGCAACAUAUGCAGCAUGUGAUAAGGCCAGAAACUACCGAUGUUGUUUUACGCGAAGUGAUGAAUGUUGUGAUGGCAGGCACAGCGACCGCCGUUGGAGCGGCCAUCAACCAGCAGCCACCGCCACAGCAAUCUGCUGCCAAUGUGCCACCGCUUACUUUAUGGGGAAAUGUGAAACCGCCUUAUGAUGCGAGAAUUCCCGUUGCUCAUUGGAUGCUAAUAGAUACAUUAAAAGACAAGAAAAUGAUGCUAGCGCCGGUCGUUUGCCCUCCGCAACCUUUGUUUAACGGAGCCAAUAAUUUUCAAUAA